UCUGAAUUGAUUUUACUUAACAGUUUAAAAAUAAAGAUAAGACAUUUCCUGGUUCAAUCUCACCUGUUGAUGCCUAAUAAUUGUUGUUUCUUUAUUACUUUUGCAUCCAUAAUCGUUGGAAUUUUCCGAUUGAUUGAUACGAGUUAUUAACUGUUUAGUAAUGUGUUAAAAUCAAGAUCUAGUAACCCUAUAUAAUAUAUAAUUAAAUAGAUAGUAUCAUGUGAUGGACAAAGUGAAGAAAAAGAACAAUAAAGGUGCAACUUCAAAUUCUGAAUGGUCACGAACAGGAAGCUUCAUGAAUAAGCCUGAAAUGGGGUGGAUCCACCCCGAUGUACAGCUUUUACCAGAUGCUGGUAUUUGCUAUGGAGUUAGAUAUGUUGGUUGUUUAGAAAUCAAAGAGUCUAUGAAAAGUUUAGACUUUGAAACAAGAACAACUAUUGCACGAGAGUCAAUCAAUAGGGUAGCUGAAGCAGCUGGGUUAAAAACUGUAUCAAAAAGAAAAAAGAUUGACCGUAGAUUGGCAAAAAUGAUGGGAGACUCACCCCACAUGCAGUAUUCUGGAUCCAAUGUGAACCUUACCAUUACUACAGACAGUAUAAAUCUUAUGGUGAUGGAGUCUGGAGAGAUUAUUGCUGAUCAUCCAUUGCAUGUUGUAUCCUUUGCAUCAGGUGGUGAUGUGGACACAUUAGAUUUUGUGUCGUAUGUAGCCAAAGAUCCACAGUAUAGUAGAGCCUGUCAUGUUUUAGAGUGUGGUGGCGGCUUGGCUGAAGAUGUUGUUACCACAAUAGGACAGGCUUUUGAAUUACGCUUUAAACAGUACUUAAAGAAACAACCUAAAGCUGUGCAACUGCCAGACAGAAGAGAAAAUCCUGACUUUGAAGGUGAAAAAUGGGGCAACCGGGAUGACUAUUAUAAUGAUAACCCUGAUGCCACUCCUCCAAUAGCCCCAGAUGAAGCGUCUGGUCUAGUCUCAGUGCCUCCUCGACCUGAAUAUAGCUUGCCUAAUAAUAAGCCAUUAAAAGAAGAGAAGGCUGAAAAUUCUACUUUUGAUGAUGGCUUGGAUGCAAUAGAUUCGUUUGAUCCAAUUCUAGCUGUAUCUUAUGAUAAUAAUUCGGAAUCUAGUCAAAAAGAAGAAAGAACAAUAGAUGCUUUUGAUAUGGAACCAUUUAGUGUUGAACUGCCACCUGCUCCAAACAUACCAGAUACACCAACACUAAAAAAACAGGAAAAUUCACAAACUGAAAAAGAUUUACGUGAAAGUAAGCCAGUGAAUGUGGCACUUGAACCAGUAUUUGAAGAAUGGUAUCAUAAGGACAUUAGUCGUAAACAGGCAGAAACAUUGCUGGAGUUUGAUGGAGAUUUUCUGGUACGAAAGAGCUCUAGUGGUGUUGGCCAGUAUGUUCUGAGUGGUAAGCAGGCUGGAGCACCAAGGCAUUUGUUGCUGGUUGAUCCAGAAGGAAUAGUAAGAACAAGAGAUUUCAUAUUUGACAGUGUGAGCCAUCUCAUCAAUUAUCACAGACAAAACAGUCUUCCCAUUGUUACACAGGGUAGUGAGCUACAACUGAUACGACCUGUAAAAGCUUAUAUUUCUUCCAUUUGAAAGGGUCUCUUUCUCAAGCAUUAAAAUUAUCACACACCCACACAGAUUAAACCCAAUUCAUUUCCAUGAACAAGUAUUAAUAGUCAAAGUAUUAUGACCUUUUGUUUAUGAUUAAUGAAAAAAAAAAAAUCCUUUAAUUGGUUAUCUAUAAUUAAAAAGUUUUGCCAUAUAAUAGUAAAACUAAAGAGGCUUUUAGGCAGUACUUUAUUUGAUAUAUAAAGUCUAUUCAUUUUCAGCAAAGUGUGUCUUUGUGCUGUUCAUCACACCAUAGGGGAUGAAACAAAACUCUUGUUUCACCAUUAGACCUUUAACCCUUAAAGGAAAAUUGUAUUACAACAAUUAUAUUUUAACAGAAUGUUGUAAAAUGUUUGUUGUUUUGUAAAAUGUUUUACAUAUUUCGGAUGUUCCUUCAGAGUUGAAGAUAGUUUACUUAUAGUCCAAACCUCCCGCAGGAUGACGGGGGAUGGGAGCGGGCAGGGUUUGAACCCUCAACCGGCGAUAAAUCCGAACGACAGUCCAGCGCGCAAACCGCACGGCCAGGCAGCCAUCCUUGUUCAAUGGAAAACAUAUUAGUUAAAAAUUAAAUGCUAGUUUACAUAAAAACAGUUCAUUGUCAAAUUUAGAAAAUGUUUAAUUUUGUUAGCCUUUGAUAAAACUAUACAUACCGGGACUUUUAAGUCAGAAAAAAACUUCUGUUUUUCUUAUCUCUUGUAAAUGUUUCAAUGUAAAAAAACAAUUGUAUGAACUAUUAUUAACUACUUUGCUUGAGUAUGGAAUAAAAUAAUGUAUAUAUUUAUUAUCUUUAAAUAAUUGCCAUAAGUUUCUAUUACAAAGAAAGGUGUCAAACAAUCAUUCAGCAUGGAUUUGGAUUCUUUUUAUGAGCACAGUAUUUUAGCCUAUCAACCCAUUUAAAAAAACUGGCCACUACCGGUACUAAUUACAUUUUAUGUACCAGAACAACAGCAGUUUUAUCCUUUUUUUUUUCUUGAAACGUUAAUUUCUUUUGGUUUCUUUAUUUAUGAAUUGUUUUAAAUUUAAUAUUGUAUAAUACACUCUCUAAUUUAUAAAUAAUUUUUAACAAAUAUUUUGCAAUUGAAUUUUGUAGCAUAAUUUUUUCACUCCCAUCUUUAAAAUAAAAAUGUUUCAGUUAUAUUGAGUAUUAAUACUUUGACAUCAGGCUGUUUCUAAACGAAACAGCUGCAGAUUUCUUACAAAUGCCGCUUGAUACACAUUUGAGCCCAAAAGAAAAUCUACUACCCAGGACAGACAUAAACGUCAAAAAAAGAGAACCUAAAUCGACCACCAGCAGACAAUAGUUAUUUCUGCACUGGCUGCUGCAAAAUAUGUAGAUUACAGCUAGGACUGCAUAGCCACUGGAAAUAUUGCACUCUUCCUUAGUCUUUGGAAUCGAAGACAAGCUUUAUUAUUUUGAAAUGGCUCUUUCCCAGGAAAACUGGCUUCAUCUGCUGCUCAUAUUGUAAUUAUUUACAACUUUUGAGCUUAUAAUAAUUUAACUUGGUUCAUUUUUUAACCAAGUAACACUCAUUGCAAAUGUACUCAAUAUUAUAAAAAAAAUUGUGUAGCCUGCUGGCUUAGUAAUAAAACAAUAUUUUAUCCAUUUCGUUAAACUAUGCUGUACAAUUCUUUUUGCUUACUUAUUACUUUCUGGUAAAAUAUGGUACAAGGUAAUUAAACUAGUUAAACAAGUAGUUGAGAGCUCAUGUCAUGUGUGAAAACUACUUAAAGACAGAUUGUUCUGUCUGCAUACCUUGUAAUUCUUUGGUUCAUAAAUUUUAUUUUUAUUGUACAUAUACUCGUCUCAUUCAUUGUAUUUAUAGAUUUUUUUCUAUAUAUUUGAGCACUUCACCUUUUGUAAUUAAGUGUCAUUUUGAAUAAUUUUGAAUGUACAGAUUAUUUGUUUGUGUAGAUUACAUUGAAUCAUUUUAGAGGAUUUUUCUCUGAAGUAUUAUUAAAAGCAUUAAAAUCUUUUUUUUACUAAGUUUUUUUUUUUCUUCUAGCUAAAAAAGUUAAGUUCUCUUUAAAGACCUUGCCAUCUAUGGGGCAGAUUUUUCUUCUAGUUAAGUGUUAAAUAUAAAUUUUCAAUUAUUUUUUUUUAUAUAAUUAUUAAAUACCCAGUACUAGAAAUGAAUAAUGAUUGUACUAAUACAUAAUUCUUUGUCUAUGUUUAAGAAAAUUUUUUCACAUGCUGGCUAAGUUGUGAUUAAAUUUUGAACUAUCAAAAAGGA